AUGGACAAAAAAAUUGUUAAAUCAUACGAAUGCGAAAAUAUGCUAAAUAGCAAUGAACAAACGAAUUCCAGUAUUAUUCGAUGUCCGAUACCAACAGCACCAUUAAUUGAAAACUGUGAUGAUUCGCCUUAUUCCGUAACUGUUUUACGUGAUCCACCGCCGUACAGUCCGCCAUUGCUAUCACAUUCGAAUGCGGAACCAUUUUUGACGGGAAUUUCCCAAAAACAAAGCGGGAAAUCACGACAAUUACGUCGAUGUGAUACUGAUAUGAUGUUCAAAGUUGCAUUAUUUGGUGGGAUAAUUGCGGCUUUUAUGCUAGCUGGCGGUAUUUGGUGCUUAUACGAUUCAUCACCAUAUUGUCCGUACUUUUCCGCCAUUUGGACAUCAAUCGUAUUUAUUGUAAAUGCUUUGGUUGGUAUUGUAGCUGCAAAACGUGGUACCGUAAACCUCUUUGUUGCUUAUUUGGUGCUUUCAUUAAUAUCCGUAAUGCUAUGUGCUAUUAGCGCUACCAUCUCGGCUAGGAAUUGGUCUUUGAUCGGUACUUAUCAACAUCCAAAAAUUGAUCGUAAUGAAGCAUUUUGUUUGAUCGGUGAAUAUGAUGCUUCUCGAGCACGAUAUAUUUUAACACAAAUGAAUCGUUACGAUUUUAGACAGUGCUUAUUUCAACUUAAAGUAGGUAUUGGCAUCAACAGUAUACAAUUUAUUAUUGCUAUUAUUGAAGCAAUUCUUAAUUUUCUUUCGUCAGUUCUAUGCUGUAAACAAAUAUGUACGAAAUGUUUUGGUACCUAA